CUUGCUUGGAAAGUCAAAGUGGGAUGGUGUGUCCAGGGCACCUGCAGCCCCACUGGCUCUUCAGAGAGAGGACCUUUGUCUCGGCUGCUGUGCCAGGCCCCUGGGAUGCAGCCCGUGGCCCUGCAGAGCCUGUCAGAGCUGGAAAGGGCCAGUCUGCAGGAGCUCGCCCUGUACCGGCUGCAGGAGAAGCUGCUCGUGGGGGAUUUCAGCCUGGACAGAGAUGGACCCAAAGGCAGUAAAUCCAUCCGGCAGAAGCUGGAGAGCUUCUCAAAGGAGAGGAAAGACUGCUCUCCUCACACCUUCGGGAUCCCGCUCUCCCAGGUCAUUGCCAACGACCGCACCCACCGGCAGCUCCAGGAAGCCGUGGGGAAGAGUCGCCGGCUCUGCCUGGAGGUGGAGGCCACGGUGACCAGGUUUCGGGCUCAGAGGCAGAAGAAAUCUGGGAUGAGCCCAAGCUGUGUCCGAGCACCUGAUGGGGGUUUCCCAGAGGAGUCGCUUUCCCCAACUCUUCCGGAUAAGAGCUUCUGGAGCCAGCGAAGGGGGGCCCUGUCCGUGGAUUCCAUCACCGACCUGAGUGACAAUGUGUCCAAGCUGCUGGAGGCACUGCAGCUCUCACACCCUCAUGAACUGGACCCACGGAGAGUCCUGGGCAAGAAGAACAUGCUGAGCCUCAACCCAAUCACCUGGCAGGUCCCACGGAUCGUGGAGAGGUGCUGCACACACAUUGAGACUCACGGUCUCCAAACAGUGGGAAUCUUCCGUGUUGGGAGCUCCAAGAAAAGAGUUCAGCAGCUGAGGGAGGAGUUUGACCAAGGGCUGGAUGUUUUUUUGGAUGAGCAUCAAAGUGUUCAUGAUGUGGCUGCUCUGCUCAAAGAGUUUCUUCGGGAUAUGCCAGAUUCCCUGAUUCCCAGAGAGCUCUAUGGAGCCUUCCUCAGCACAGCCACCAUGGAGGGGCCAGCACAGCUGGAUGCCCUCCAGCUGCUUCUCUUCCUGCUGCCCCCCUGCCACAGCGACACCCUGCACCGGCUCCUGCGCUUCCUCGGAGAGGUGGCCCGGCACGCCGAGCGCUCCUGGGAUGCUGAUGGCCAGGAGGUUCCUGGGAAUAAAAUGACAGUUUCAAACCUGGCCACAGUCUUUGGUCCCAACAUCCUGCAGAAGGAGAAGCCUGGAGAGAAAGACGCCGGUGCCCUGAACUUUGAGGACAGCGCUGCCAUAAUCCUGGUGCUCCAGAGGCUGAUCGAGCACCACCAGGCCCUGUUCAUGGUGUCUCCAGAGAUGCAGUGUGACAUCCUGAGGAGGCUGUUCCAGACAGAUCCCGAUGUCAUUGAUUACCUGCUGCGCAGGAAGUUCCCUGCCGUGCCGUCCCCUCCAGAGCAUCAGAAUCCCUUCUUGUCCAGCCCCCUCCUCUGCUCCUGCCUCUCAGGGUUGCGUGCUGAUACCUGCUCCAUGUUCAGGCAGCUGGAGCGUGAGGGUUCCGCAGAGGGCCACUCUCCCUCCGCACUGCCUGGCUGGACACGCAGCCUGGAGAGCAGCUCGGUCUCCUCAGAGCUCUACAGCAACGUCUCAUUCCUAAACCUGCACGUUGGCAUCUAGUGAGCCCUGACCAGGCCCUCUGGACAAACUGGGCAGCCUUUCCCAGCAAAAACCAGUCCUCUGCCCCACUUUGGGGGAAAGCCCUGUGCCUGUGCCGUGGGGGUGCGUGUGUGGGGCAGAGCUGUGCUCGGGAGCCACCAGCAUGGGCUGUCACCUCCUUGCAGGUCCAAAGCACUGCUGUGCCCCUGGCACAGCCCUGCCUCUGCCAUCUGCUUCAUCGGAGUUUGGGGAAUGAGAUUCCCAUCCCCAGAGCUGAGGGGACUGGAGCGUCCAUCUUUCGAGGGAAGGCUGAGGGAGCUGGGACUGUUCAGCCUGGAGAAGAGACAACUUGUCCCCCAAAGGGACCUUAUGGAUGUAUCUAAGUGCUUUUGUAAGGGCCUGGAGUGACAGGACAAGGGGGAAUGGCUUCCCACUGCCAGAGGGCAGGGUUAGAUGGGAUAUUGGGAAGAAAAUCUUCUUUGCGAGGAUGGU